AUCCGCACCUUGAUAGCAGAUCGGUCGAAUACAAGUUCCCUGGAUACGCUGGCAAAAAAGCUCGCGUAGAAGGAUUUCCAAUUGACAUGUUUCGAGUCACGAUCUCCAUCGAAACGCGAGAUGUCACGGUGUGUCGGUUUUCUGUGAAGAUUUCAGGCAGAGAUGAAAUUGAAAUGAGAUUCGUAUCAUGA